AUGCGGAGAAGACGCAAUAAGCUGUUUACGUUUUGUGCUGCCGUAAUUGUCAUCCUUCUGUAUCGUGUGCUACAGAAUUCCUGGCAGGGGCAACGGCUAGGACGUACGGAUCCGCGACAACCUCUCGUCGUCCCCGUCAGAUCUGAAGACAGACAUGAAGAAAGGCCCCAGCCUCCCCCCACCACGGAACAAUUGCCGCAGAAAAACGCCGGCAAGCAGAAGCCCAAGAUCGAUCACGUUGCUCAGAAAGCAGCCAACGAUGAAAUUCUAGGCACCACGACGCCAGCAACACAGACAGGUGGUGACAGAACUAGCAAAGGCGCGUCACAUCGCGAUGCGCCUGCCGAUCGCACCAGCGUCGGCGGCGUUGCCGGCUUCAACCCGGAACCGAAGACAGACACGGAGGAAGUCAAUGCCAAUCAAGUCGAGGCUCACUUGAAGGAACCGAUUCAGCGCCUAGGGACAUCAAAUGCGAUACCGACUUCGACUUCAACAUCGGCAUCGGCACGGUCCUCGCCCACCACCCCAAAGGAGCAUUGGAUAAGGCCCAAAGAGCAUUUUCCAUUGCCCAAAGAGUCUAUCAUUACGCUCCCUACUGGGAGUAGGAAAAAGAUUCCAAAGAUCCAACAUGUGUUCUCCCCCGAGGCUGAAGGGCCCAAGAAAAAGCGCUUACAGAGACAAGCGAUGGUCAAGCAGGAAAUUCGACGCUCUUGGGCGGGUUAUAGAAAGUAUGCCUGGAUGCACGAUGAGUUGUUGCCAGUCACUAAUCGAUCGCGUGAUCCUUUCUGUGGAUGGGCGGCCACGUUGGUUGACUCCCUCGAUACACUAUGGAUUGCCGGUCUAAAGGCUGAGUUUGACGAAGCAGCCAGAGCGGCUGAAACCAUUGAUUUCACCUAUACAGAACGAAGCGAAAUCCCCGUCUUUGAAACCACCAUUCGCUACCUAGGAGGGCUAGUGGCAGCGUAUGACGUCAGUGGAGGUGCAUCUGGAAGCUACUCAUUCCUCUUGGACAAGGCUGUUGAGUUGGCCGAGAUAUUGAUGGGAAUCUUUGACACUCCAAACAGAAUGCCUAUUUUGUACUACGAGUGGCAGCCAGAGUCUACGUCACGCCCGCGCCGAGCCCGUCGCGUAGGCAUAGCAGAGCUAGGGACUCUUUCACUCGAGUUCACUCGCCUGGCCCAAGUGACUGGCCAACACAAAUACUACGACGCUGUCGAUCGCAUCACUAAUGGCCUCGUCGAGUUGCAGAAAAAGGGUACUCUUAUACCUGGCCUGUUUCCCGAAAAUCUGGAUGUGUCAGGCUGCAAUAAAACAGCCGCAGUAGGCCGCAGUUGGAGGGCUGCCCAAAAUCGGGCCAGUUCGGCAGACACUCUGCACGACCUCAAAGAAUCCAGAGGCAGGAGUAGCAUAAUGAUGCCUACUGACGAUGACCGACUGGAAAGACGGGCAUCCUCACUUUCUCAGCAACGGGAAAUCGACGCUGCCCUUGUAGACGCGAUACGAGGCGAAUCAAGGUCUCGACCGAAAUUUCAAGUCCCCCUUGUCGACGAUGGAACCGACGACGAACUGGACUGUGCUCCUCAGGGAAUCGAACCAGGGAUGAUUGGCUAUCAAAAAUACCACGUGGGUGGCGGACAAGACUCGGCAUACGAAUAUUUUGGCAAAGAGUAUUUGCUGCUUGGUGGCAAAGAAGGUAAAUAUCAAAAGCUGUACGAGGAUACCGUUGAAGGUAUCAACAAGAACCUUUUAUUUCGACCAAUGGUUCCUGGUGACUGGGAUAUCCUUUUUCCCGCCAAGGUUGGUGUUAGCCCCUCUACUCGGGACCAACCGAAUCCUGAAUACGAAGUGACGCACUUGACUUGCUUCGUCGGCGGCAUGUACGCCCUUGGGGGGAAGCUUUUUGGCAGAGAAGAGGAUCUGAACUAUGCCGAGAAGUUGACAAACGGCUGCGUCUGGGCAUAUCAAUCAACUGCGACAGGAAUAAUGCCCGAGCAUGGAACCGUCGUCCCUUGCCCCACUCUCGCAAAGUGCGCUUUCAACGAGACUGUAUGGUGGAGGGAGCUUGAUCCUUACUACGGAAGUCGCGAAGGUGAAGCUGUUUACGGGGGAAAGAGUGGAGCAGAGCUUGACGACCUCGAUACGGAGCAGACUGGGGUUUCAAAGGCAGUCAAACCGCUCGCUGCUGAGACGAGUCAAGCCGUCCACGAAAGCGGGGGACCUGCCGCAGCUUCAGCCUCGACAUCUACCGACUAUCUGAGCAAGAGGGCUGUGAUUCCUGACGGUUCCGUGAACCAGCGAGGUUCCAGCUCCGGGUUUUCACCUGAGGAUGAGCUUGUUUUGAAUACGAAAGGAAAGACCAGAAAGGCGAAGCAGCACGACUCUGAGUUUUCAAACGAGAGGGAAGCCGAGUAUCCCGGGCGCAAAGACAAAGAUGCGGAAAAGCACGGCUCUGGUUUCUCAACCGAGGCGGAAGUAGGAAAUCCCGAGCUCAACGACAAGGACCUAAACCAGUACGACUCUGAGGUGUCAACCGAGACUGAUGCUAAGUAUCCCAAGCUCAAAGGCAAAGACGCGUACCGUUUGCGCUCGCGACCCUCUACUAUUCCGGAAUACCGGCCGGGCCAGGCGCGCACGUCCGAAACCAGAGCUAAAACACCACUUAACUCUCAUCGAGAGUACGUGCAACAACAAAUCAAAGAUGGCGUACCUCCAGGGUUCAGCGGCGUUCUAAGGACCAAGUAUAUACUAAGACCAGAAGCCAUUGAGUCGGUAUGGUACAUGUAUCGCAUCACGGGCGAUCCAAGCUGGAUGGACAAGGGCUGGACCAUGUUUGAAGCAACCAUGAAGGCCACAAGAACCUCUACCGCCAAUAGCGCCAUUUACAACGUACUCUCGAAGAGGAGCAGCGUUACCAACGAAAUGGAGAGUUUUUGGCUAGCGGAGACGUUGAAGUAUUACUACUUGCUCUUUUCAGGCCCCGACGUGAUUAGCUUGGACGAAUGGGUUCUCAACACCGAAGCCCAUCCUUUCAAGUUGUAG